ACAGAGGGGAGGCGUAAAAGCACUGCACAGUGCAUACAGUGUGCAUGCCAGCAUACGAGUCAGUGUUGAGCACAGUGCUGAAGGAGUGUUUCAAGGCAGCAGUUCAUGGGAUCACUGGAUGUUAUUUGACUUUUACCUGUGCUUCAUGUGCAGCUGAUCUGCUGUGGCUCCUUGCAGAAGCCAGCUGGAAGAAAAGCACAGACACUGCCAACAGCCUUUUAUUUUCUGUGUCUGAUCUCAGACCUGUCAUAUCCACACAGUGUCUUACUAACAGCAGGUGCCGACAUGCUAGAGCAGGUUCUGUUGUUCGGCCGCUCCCUGGUGCGCAGGAAGGUGGUCGACCUGAGCAGCCUGGAGGACUCAAAGCUAUGCCGCUGCCUGGGUACCGUCGACCUUAUCGCCCUCGGGGUGGGAAGCACUCUGGGAGCCGGCGUCUACGUUUUGGCUGGCGAGGUGGCCAAGGGCGACUCAGGCCCCAGCAUUGUCAUCUCCUUCCUAAUUGCUGCCCUGGCCUCGGUCAUGGCUGGCCUGUGUUAUGCUGAAUUUGGUGCACGUGUGCCCAAGACCGGCUCUGCUUACCUUUACAGCUAUGUGACUGUAGGAGAGAUCUGGGCCUUCAUCACUGGGUGGAACCUCAUCCUCUCCUAUGUUAUUGGUACCUCCUCAGUUGCCAGGGCUUGGAGUGGCACGUUUGAUGAGAUGAUAGGAGGACACAUAGAGAAAUUCUGUAAAACCUACUUCAGCAUGAACUCUCCUGGUCUGGCUCAGUACCCUGACUUCUUUGCCGUCUGCCUGAUACUGCUGCUUUCUGGACUCUUGUCGUUUGGCGUGAAGGAGUCAGCCUGGGUCAAUAAGGUCUUCACUUCCAUCAACGUGCUCGUGCUCUUGUUCGUCAUCAUCUCCGGCUUUGUGAAAGGAGAUGGGGAGAACUGGAAGAUAUCCGAAGAAUCGCUUGUAAAUGUCACCAUCGUUACCAGGAACUUCUCAGUGACAGCCAACGUGAGCAGUGAUUACGGAGUGGGAGGAUUUAUGCCCUACGGCUUCAGUGGGACUUUAGCUGGAGCUGCCACCUGCUUCUACGCUUUUGUUGGAUUCGACUGCAUUGCAACUACAGGCGAGGAGGUGAAGAACCCUCAGAGAGCCAUUCCCAUCGGCAUCGUGGUGUCUCUGACAGUUUGUUUCCUGGCGUAUUUUGGCGUGUCAGCUGCACUUACGCUGAUGAUGCCGUACUACCUGCUGGAUGAGAAGAGCCCUCUACCCAUGGCCUUUGAAUAUGUGGGCUGGGGCCCCGCUAAAUAUGUGGUGGCUGCAGGUUCACUGUGUGCCCUCUCCACCAGUCUGCUGGGCUCCAUUUUCCCUAUGCCUCGUGUAAUCUAUGCUAUGGCAGAGGAUGGGGUGCUUUUCAAAGUCUUAGCCCGAAUCAAUCCUAAGACGAAGACCCCACUUAUUGCCACUAUGACCUCCGGUGUAGUAGCAGCCAUCAUGGCUUUCCUGUUUGACCUCAAAGCGCUGGUUGACAUGAUGUCCAUUGGGACUCUGCUGGCCUACUCGCUGGUCGCUGUGUGUGUACUGAUUCUCAGGUACCAGCCGGAUGGAAGCAUGGAGAGGCGGGCAGUCCCCCUUGAGAAGGCGUACCUAUCCUCUGAGGGGGGCGAGUCUGACCUCACAGAGUCUGAGUCUCACCUGAACAUGCUGAAGGGUGGCAACUCCACCCUUCAGGCCGUCCUUCACCCUCCUGCCUCGCCCUCUGAGCAUUCCUCCGGCGUGGUCAACAUGUCCAUCGGUGUUCUCGUGCUGGUAGUGUGUGUGCUCAGCUAUCUGACCACCUACCACAUCGGCAACAUCCUCCGUAUGGAGGUGUGGGUCCUGGCAUCGCUGUCUGUGGGUCUGCUCGUCUUCAGCGGCUGCGUCUAUAUGGUGUGCAGGCAGCCUCAGACAACCAAGAAGGUCUCCUUCAUGGUCCCUCUUCUGCCUUUUUUGCCCAUUCUGAGCGUAUUUGUCAAUAUUUACCUCAUGGUGCAGCUGAGUGGAGACACAUGGAUACGUUUCUCUGUGUGGAUGGCUGUGGGCUUCUUGAUCUACUUUGGCUACGGCAUGUGGCACAGUGAGGAGCGCCAGCGUCUUCGCCAGGGUGGUUCAAACAGCAGCAGCACCGGGGAACAGAACAAGAGAGAAAAAGACCAGCAGAGUUACGUCUGCCAAGAGAAGACCAGCCAGUUUUAAAGUUUACCAGUCUGCGCGCAGACUCUGUGAGGCGGCAGAUGCACAGAGCGGCUCUUGCCUUGACGCUCAUACAGCCUCACCACAGUGUGCCUCAGACACAAGAACACUCAGUUUACGUCAGUAUUGUUUAUCAGAUGACCGCUUGAUGGAGAGCUGCUCUGUCAGUGUGAUGGCAGCACGUCCUGUAGGGCGGCACAGAGGCAGAAUGGAAAGGACAGGUAACACACUGGAGAGUGACGUCGAAGCAGGCGGCGCAAGACUGCAGCAAAGCUUUUCUGUUCCACAGUUUGUCUGUUCUGUUCAUUUUUACGUGUGUACAGGUGGGCUUGUGAAUGUAAAAUCUUGGAAAUAAUGAACGGAUGGAUAUUACUAGAUUUUGAUACAACAGUUGCGCACUAGAAUUAAAAGUAAUGUUAGUUUGUGGUAAAAGAACUCAGCGUUCUCUUUGUGUGAGCCUGAAAAGGACCAGCGUUAGCUUAAAGAUGUGUUGUCAGUCAUGAAGUUGAAAUAUAUUUUAGAAUUAUUGGGUGCGUAAUUGUUUUACAUGCAUGUAUAUGGAAUUAUGAUAUCUGUGUAGAGGAUCAUAAAGAUGCUGCCAUGUUUUGACCAAUGUGUACAAUAUGUGCGAUAGUUCUGUAGGCACUUAACAUGACUCGACUCGACUCACUUCACUGUAUAUGUCACAUGUCAGACACCUGAAAGUCGGCCAUGUGCUGGUGGAAAGUUUUAGGCUCCUGUAGGUGUUAGGUAACAGAUCCUAUCAAUCUUUGUUGUAGUUAUUGAGGUCAUGGUUUUUUUUUGUUUGUUUUUUUUUCACUUUUGCUGGAGUGUCGUUUGUCUAUGAGCUGUUACAUUCUGAACAUGAAGUUGAGUUGACACAGAGCUUUUUCUCAGAAAGUGUUUGUACAGUAGUUUCUUUUUUUUUUCACUCUAUCAGGCAAAAACAGGUUUUAUUUUAUCAUUUGUCUUCAUGGAGUUAUUCUCUCUAAACCAGACCACUUGACAACUAAUUACAAGUGAAAGUAUUAUAUAAGAAAAGGUCGGUCUGUGCCAGAUCAUUAAGACAAACUUGGCGUUCAUCCAGGUUUAACCUCUUGUGUUUGGUGUCUUUCUUCAACCGCAGGAGUCUGUGUUGCCUUAAAACCCGUUUUGAAGAGACCGUUUCUUCUGAACUUUGUGAAGACUUAGUACCGACAUUCUUCCCUCUGGGCUGUCAGCGGCCAGCCUUUCCUUCUUGUACUAUGAGUUGUAAGACUCUGUGCUCUCCAGUUGUCCAUCUGAUCUUUCAGCCACAAAGUCAGUGUUUUACACCGUCUGAUGUGGAGAAAUCCUACAGUGUUCAAGAAGUCCGGAACUGAAGCUGGAGGUGCUGGUGAUGAAUUUCAUCAGGUUUGCUGAUGAGUGCAGUGCAACAGUUUAAAUCAACGUGGUGGAACAAAUUCGAGCUCGACGCAUUAGGAGUGAGGUAGACGCUUUUGACUUUACUGAACCUCUUCAUAAACGGCGGGGAGUCUUCUGGUGAGGUCGCACAAUAAAGUAGCUAGAAGCAACCAUGAUGUCAUGAUGUAGUAUCACUUGUAACUGCACAGACAAAAACAAUAAAUGUAUUUUCCAGUAAGACUGUGUUUGG